AUGGACAAUUGUGAUGUGGUAAAUGAAGGAGAUGAUAGUUACGAAGAUGAUAUGCCAGCUUUAGAAGAUAGUGCACAAGAUAAAGAGGAUGUCGAAUAUGCCCCUAAUGAUUUUGAUGACAUCUUAGUUUAUAGCAAUUUCAUGCAUGAGCAUUUAGAGCAUCUUAGGAUAUUAUUUGAUGUUUUAUGCGAAGAGAAGCUUUAUGCUAAUUUUACCAAGUGUGAUUUUUGCACCCUAAGACAUACCAAAUUGGUUCUUACAUUAUUCAUAUUAAAGGAAACUGUGCAUCGUAGAAAUUAUGUUUUUUUGGCUGCUGCAAGUGCGCUGGAAGAGUCAUCAACUGCUCAAAGUAUCCUUCUCUGCGUGCAGUCAUUUGCAGAAUUGUGCAGGUCGUCCCAGAAUAUGUCUUCCGCACCAUUAGUCGAACAAUAUUUGGAUUUUUACCAGAAAAUAAACAGAGCGGCGAUGAUUGUUAAUUCCUUACUUGGUGUUGAUCCAGACUCAAAAUCAAGCGUUCAUAGUAGCCAACAGUGUAUAUUGCCUGAUGUAUGUAAAACUAAAACCAACAGGAAUGCAACAUCCUGGGUUCACGCUGCCAUAGAGACUAACGUUUCCAAAUUUAUUGUGUCCAAGAGGCCACAGAAGAGUCAAAUAUUGAGUAGUGAUAAAUGUCAUUAUCUUGUCCUAGGGUCAGAGGAAUUUAAUUCCGACAAUCAAUCACCUCAAAACAGACCAAGUCCUGGAACUGGCAACUUAUCAGGUUCAAGUCCUAAGCAAGUGCCAUCUUCACUGAGACAUCCUUCAGCCACAAAGAAAAUGAAUCCCAAAAGAGAGAAUUGUCAUAAGGGAAGUGGACUCAAGGAGACAGCAAAUUUAGCAGACAAGCUGCUCUUGCAUUCUCGUGAGUGGUUUUUUAAGUACAUGGAGAAUUCAUUCAACAAUGGAUUCCGGUUUUGCAUAGGGGAAGUUUCUGAAAUCGCCUCUCUUCUAAGGCAGCUUAAAAAGGUGAACCAGUGGCUAGAUGACUUGCGCGGUGGUGGGAUUAAGGUGAAUGAGAGGAUAGAAGAAUUGAAAACGAAAUUAUAUGGGUUUCUACUGGAACAUGUUGAUGUUGCUGUUGCUUCUAUUGAGUGGAUUUAGUCAGAACUAACCAAAGUCAUACUAUGAAGCUGAUGGAUUUCUAACUCAAAGGGCAAUUAGGCAUCAGGUGUAGGUGAUCCUCUGGAAAAACAGGUUUUGCCCUUCUAAACUCCUAGCAGAUACUACUCACUUGACAGUUGGAGAUUUUAUAAUUCCAAUCAUUUCUUUUCCAAGCAUCUAACUCGCAAAAUUCACUUUUGAUAUUUAUAACAUUCUGAAAAUUUAGUUGGUCA